AUGGAACGCUUGAAGACGCUUCUUAUUGCCAAUCGCGCUGAAAUUGCGACAAGGAUCCUCAAAACGGCUAAAUCUUUAGAUAUCCGGACCAUUGCUGUUUACACAGAGCCUGAUGCAGCCUCUACGCAUGUCUCACAGGCAGACCUGGCAGUUCUCUUGCCUGGAAGCCCUGCCAAAGCCUAUCUGAAUGGCGAAGAAAUAAUCAGAAUAGCCAAGGAACACAAAGCAGAUGCCAUCAUACCUGGCUAUGGCUUCCUAUCAGAGAAUGCAGAUUUCGCCAAGGCUGUUGCCGAUGCUGGUAUGGUCUGGGUUGGACCGAGCCCAGAGAGUAUUGAAUCUUUCGGGCUAAAGCAUACGGCGAGAGACCUAGCCACACAAGCUGGGGUACCCAUAGUGCCAGGAUCAAAAGGUCUGAUCACUAGUGAAGAAGAUGCUGUCGAACACAGCGAGCGUCUGGGGUUCCCUGUCAUGCUUAAAGCAACAGCUGGUGGCGGCGGCAUGGGGCUAGCAACGUGCCAAAAUGUCCAAGAGGUCAGAGAAGCAUUUGAAAUGGUCAAGUCCCGUGGUGAGAACCUAUUCAAAAAUGCUGGCAUGUUCAUGGAGAGAUUCUACCCGGACAGCCACCACAUCGAGGUACAGGUCUUUGGGAAUGGACUAGGCAAUGCCAUCCAUUUUGGGGAGAGAGAAUGCUCCAUCCAGCGGAGACACCAGAAAGUUAUCGAAGAGUGUCCCAGUCCCUUUGUGGCGAAACACCCUGACCUCAGGGAAGGGCUCUGUUCCGCGGCCGUUCGCCUUGCCGAGUCCAUCAAGUAUGGAUCAGCGGGAACUAUUGAGUAUCUGGUUGAUGAUAAAUCUGGCGACUAUUUCUUCCUAGAAAUGAACACUCGACUACAGGUUGAACACGGGAUCACGGAGCUCUGCUACGGCGUGGACCUUGUCGAAUUGAUGCUGAGGCAAGCAGAUGCUGAGUUGGCAGGCAAUGGUGGCAUCAACCACGAGGAAUUGAAUUCUCUUCAGCCAACGAGCCCCAAAGGGGCUGCGAUUGAAGCGCGAGUGUAUGCCGAGAACCCAGCAAAUGAUUACGCACCGUCCCCGGGAACCCUGCAAAUCGUGGAGUGGAAAGAGACGAAAGAGUCAAGAAUCGACACUUGGAUCCAUACGGGCACCAUUGUCUCGUCUCAUUACGACCCUCUCCUUGCCAAAGUCAUGGUGCAUGAUCCCAGCAGAGACAACGCGAUCAAGGCCAUUCACAAGAUACUGUCCGAGUCCAGGAUCUGUGGGCCACCCACAAACCUUGAACUUCUGGCUACCAUUGUCGCUGACCCCGCGUUCGCUGAAGGAGUGACCAUGACCAAGUUCCUCACCGGAUUCAAAUUUUCGCCGGCCGCCAUAGAUGUUGUCACGGGAGGGGCCUAUACCCAAGUUCAGGACUAUCCCGGGCGGCCUACAAUGGGAAGAGGUUUCCCACACGCUGGUCCUAUGGACCCUCUUGCCUUUCAGAUAGCCAAUCUUCUGGUUGGUAACCCGCGCGGAACAGAAGGCCUCGAAUGUACAUUGGACGGGCCUGAAGUCGUUUUCCUGGGCGCUGCAGUGAUCGCCAUCUGUGGAGCACCAAUGGAAAUCACGCUUGAUGGGGAAAAAAUCCCAAUGUGGGCAAGAAUCUCUAUCAAGGCUGGCCAAAAGAUGAAAAUUGGUAAAACAACAGAGGGUGGCUGCCGCUCCUAUCUCGCCAUCUACGGUGGCUUACCUAGCGUUGCCGACUGGUUUGGGUCGAAAGCUACAUCUCCUGGCGUUGGAGUGGGCGGUUAUCAAGGACGGCAACUUGCUUCAGGGGAUCUUCUAGCAAUAACCAAAGAUAUCCCACACCAUCUCAGCAAACCAUUGAAGUUACCAGAGCAUCUGGUCCCUCAAUAUCCAACUCACUGGGAUCUUCUUGCCAUGCCAGGCCCAUACGACGAAGGCUACCUACUUGGAGAAGAUGUCGAGAUGAUCUACAACACCAAAUGGCAAGUGUCCCAUAAUGCUGCAAGAGGUGGUAUACGUCUCAUUGGACCCAAGCCAAAGUGGGCUCGCUCUGACGGGGGUGAAGGAGGCGCACACCCAUCUGAUGUACCUGAGUAUGGUUACCCGGUGGGAUCCUUGAAUUGGACCGGUGAUGACCCAUGCAUCUUUCCUGUUGACUGUCCUGACUUCGGUGGUUUCGUAUCGAGUACCACAAUUAUCAAAGCUGAGCACUGGAGAUUGGGCCAGAUGAAAGCUGGAGAUACAAUGCAAUAUCUGAGAGUCUCACUAGAAGACGCACUUGCUACGCGAAGGCGGUUCAACGAGUUUGUUGGUGCUAUAGGCAAAGCUUGCUCUGGAGAAGGCGAUUUUGCUGCCAUCGGAGCUCUUGACUACUCAAAUAUGCCUACAUCAAUGACCUUGUCCUCCUCCGCCGGGAAUCACGGCAAGGCUAUUGUCCGCCACAUUGAAGACAAAGGCAGCCAGCCUAGGACUCUAUAUCGACAGGGUGGAGAUGACUAUCUCCUCGUUGAAUACGGAGAUGGAAAAUUUGAUUUAAAUCACCGCUGUCGGGUCACAGCGCUUGCCAAAGCGUUGAAGGAAUUGAACAGUGAGGUCUCUUUCUCUGGUGGACUGGUAAACACCGUCGGCUGUUGCAACUCCCUCCUACUAUACUACGACGGAAUGAAAAUCGCCCAAAAGAAGCUCAUCUCCUACUUAGUCGAUUUAGAAGCCCAAAUAGGCGACCUCAGCAAUGCCAGAGUCCCUUCUCGCCUCUUCAAGCUGCCCAUACUAUUCGAUUCAGCCAAGGAGAAGAAUGCGAUCAAGCGCUACAUGGAAACCCAGAGGCCAUAUGCUUCCUACUUGCCAGACAAUAUGGCUUUUGUCGCCAAGAACAACGGUCUCGAACGCAGGGAUCUUGUCGAUAUUUAUCUCAAAAGCAGACUCAUAGCUGUCUCCGUAGGUUUCUUCGCCGCCUUGCCGCUCUGUCUACCAGUGGAUCCACGGCAACGUAUCAACUGUCCGAAGAUGAAUCCCUCUCGCGUAUUCACACCUGAAGGUCAAGUCUCGUGGGGUGGUUCUUGUAUGGCUUUGUAUAAUGUCGAGUCGCCUGGCGGGUAUCAACUCACAGGUUUGACGAUCCCUGGGUGCGAUAUCCUAGGUUCCAAGAACGGAUAUUCCCUACAAAGGCCUUGGCUGUUCGAAGACUUCGAUCAGCUCACAUUCUAUGAAGUCAACGAAGAAGAAUACGACAGGCAGAUAGCGCUGUUCCACAGCGGACGGUACGAGUACGAAGUCGAGGACACAGAAUUCGACAUGGGCGAGCAUAACAAGCUGCUUCAGGAUACGAAGGAAGAAGUCGAGGAGGUCAGGAAGAGACAAAAGCGAGCACAGGACGAGAUGCAAAAGGUCGAAGAGGAGCUGAUGGAGCGGUGGACCAAGGAGAAAGCAGAAGGCAAAAUCCCAAUAGAUAAAGUGGACGCUCUAGUCAACGAUCCGGCAAUCCAUAAGAUCACUUCACCAAUGAACGCCAACGUAUGGAAGGUAACAUCGGAGGAGGGCGAUGAGGUGAAAAGUAACGAUGUGGUGGCUAUAUUGGAAGCCAUGAAAUUGGAGAUAUCCGUGAGAGCGGAGGAGGGUUUGGCUGGGAAAGUGGAGAAACUGCUGGUCAGACCUGGGGAUGUGGUGACCGCUGGUGAUCCAUUAGUGCUUGUUAGGAAGGGGUAG